GCUAAUCUAAACAAUAUGGUUAUAGAUACUAUAAUUAUAUUGGUGAUGAGCUCUUUCUUUUACUUAAUUUCAGCACAAUCUCAAACAUACAUCAUACACAUGGAUAAAUCAGCCAUGCCCAGAGCCUUCUCAGCACACCAAAGCUGGUUUGAAUCUACUUUUUCUUCUGUAUCAGAAAAUUCUCAAGAACCAAUUACAUCAAAACUCAUCCAUACUUACAAAAACUCGAUCCAUGGCUUUAGCGCCACUCUAACACUAUCUGAGCUUCAAGCCCUCAAGAACUCCCCUGGCUAUAUCCAUUCUACCCCGGAUCGCAUGCUCAAACCCCACACAACUCAUACUUCCAAAUUUCUUGGAUUAAGCCAAAAUUCUGGUGUAUGGCCUGCUUCAUCUUAUGGUGAAGGUGUGAUUAUCGGUGUGGUUGACACGGGAGUUUGGCCGGAGAGCGAGAGCUUUAGUGACAAAGGAAUGACUAAAGUCCCUUCUAGAUGGAAAGGAAAAUGUGUGCCUGGUGAGAAAUUUAAUUCCUCCUUGUGCAACAAGAAACUUAUCGGUGCUCGCUUUUACAACAAGGGUCUCCACGCCAACAUUCCCAAGUUCAAAAUAUCUAUGAAUUCUCCCCGUGAUGACGAUGGACAUGGAACGCACACAGCUUCCACGGCUGCAGGCAACUACGUGGAGGGCGCGUCCUAUUUUGGCUAUGCGGAAGGCACCGCCAAUGGAAUGGCGCCAAGGGCUCACCUAGCUAUCUACAAGACGAUUUGGAAGAACUCCGUCUUCACAUCUGAUUUUCUCGCUGCAGUAGACCAGGCGAUCGAAGAUGGUGUGGACAUAUUGUCGCUAUCCUUGGGGCUAGGCACUGAUGACUAUUUCUUGGAGGAUGAUACAAUGGCUGUGGCCACUUUUGCAGCCAUGGAGAGAGGUGUGUUUGUUUCGGCUUCAGCUGGAAAUGGUGGCCCAAUGCCCGGGACAGUUAUCAACGGAGCGCCGUGGAUAACAACGGUGGCUGCAGGCACUGUGGAUCGCCUUUUCAAAGGAGAACUAAUUUUAGGAAAUGGUGUUGAAAUCAGCUUUGAUUCCUUGUAUCCAGGGAAUUCUUCUGAAGUCCAAGUUCCCCUUGUUUUCUUAGAUGGUUGUGAAGAUGUGAAGCAAAUGAAGAAAGUGAGAGACAAAAUUGUUGUCUGCAAAGACAAUUUGAGUAUAAGUGAUCAAGUAGAGAGGGCAAAGUCUGCAAAGGUUUUUGGAGCUAUCUUCAUUACUGACAUUUCAUUGUCUAGUUUUUACACUAGUAGUUCGUUUGCUGCAGCAUUUAUUGGCCUAAAAGAUGGCCAAACGGUUAUAAGCUACGCUGAGAAAGGGAAAAAUCCCACAGGAAAAUUGGAAUUUCAAAAGACCGUCCUUGGUACGAAACCCGCGCCGCAAGUCGAUAGCUACAGCUCUAGAGGACCAUUUCUGAGCUGCCCAAAUGUGUUGAAGCCAGAUAUUAUGGCUCCUGGCUCAUCAAUCUUGGCAUCAUGGUCGCCGAUUAGUCCAGUUGCGGAAGUUCUAAAAGGCUCUUUGUUUAGCAAUUUCAACAUAGAUUCCGGCACUUCCAUGGCUGCACCACAUGUUGCAGGCCUGGCGGCUCUCAUCAAGGCAGUUCACCCUGAUUGGAGCCCUGCAGCCAUUAGGUCGGCGAUUAUGACCACCGCAAAUCCAUUAGACAACACACAAAACCCCAUCAAAGAUGUUGCGAGGUUCGACAUUCCAGGCCUAGAAACCGGAGCCGGCCACAUUGUUCCGAACAAGGCGGUUGAACCUGGCCUAAUCUAUGAUGCAACAGCAGAGGACUACAUAAAAGUUCUGUGUGGAAUGAACUACACUGCUAAGCAAAUACAGAUCAUAACAAAGUCCGAUCACAAGUGCGUCGAUCGGUCUUUGGAUCUCAAUUACCCUUCUUUCGUUGCCUACUUUAACGGCCUCGGGGGUUCGAGUCCGAGUGGCAAGGUUGUAAGGGAGUUUAAGAGGACAGUGACCAAUGUGGGAGAGGAAAACUCAACUUAUAAGGCGAAAUUGAAAGCCAUGAAUGAGUUGAAUGUGAAGGUAGAGCCAGAGAAGUUGGUGUUCAAGAAAAAGUAUGAGAAGCAAAGUUACAAGCUCACUUUGGAAGGUCCAAAAUUGUUGAAAGCAGAGACGAGCUUAGGCUCUCUAAGUUGGGUGGAGGAUACUGGCAAAUAUGUAGUUAGGAGUCCCAUAUUGGCCACAAACAUUGAUCCUUCUUCCUUGCAAGAAUAAUUAUGUUCUCUUAAAAUUAUUGGACCUACUUGCUUUUAAAAGCAAGUAAAUAUAAUGAUGACGAACAAAUUAAUGGGUAUAAUGAUGACGAACAAAGUUUUCCCUCCAUUUGUACCAAGGACGGUCUUUUGAAAUUCCAAUUUUCCUGUGGGAUUUUCCCUUUCUCAAUGUACUUUAUAACUGAUUGGCCAUCUUUGAGGCAAAUAAAUACAGCAACUAGACAAUGAAUAGCUGCUAAUGAAGAUAGCUCUAAAAACCUUUAGUCUUUGCUUUCUCUAAUUGAUCACUUACACUAAAUUGCCU